UCUGAAUUACUGGUGUAUUCACAAGAAUUAUUAUUUAUUUUUACACCGAAUUGGAUGCUUGGAUUCCCUAUCAUAAUUAUGUUUUCUAUUGUGACCUACGGUCUGGCUUUAUUGACAUUUCACAAUUUAUCUUACAUCAAAACUAAUAAAUAUAGUCUGGAAAAUUACAUUCGUUUCUAAUAAACUGCAAUAUUUGUUGAUCGAUUAAAAACUUAGAAAAUAAUAAUUUCAGCAAUUAUAGUUAUGGAAAAAAAUGACAGAUCAACUACCCCACAACCUGCUCCAGAUCAGCAGACUCAAGGUGAUGCUCAAUCCGCAGCAACCAAUCUACAGUCAGCCGCGCAACCUCAAUGCAAAAGACCCCGUCCCGAUCUGAGUUCACUACCCACUCGCCAGUAUUUAGAUCAGACAGUAGCGCCGAUAUUAUUACACGGACUACAGACGUUAGCGCGAGAACGACCUGCAGAUCCCAUAAGUUUUUUGGCGGCAUAUCUUCUGAAGAACAAAAACCGUUGCGAGGAAUCAAUACCAGAAAACAUUUAAAUAAUGGAAAUAUCACAACUAGAUGUCUGCGAUGAAUUAAGUCAUCUAAUUCAGUUUCACUGACUCCAAACAUACCGGCCAACAGGCAUCCGUAACUAAGAGCGUUAAUAGUUGUUAUUUCAUUUGGAGGA